UCAGACUGUGUAAACAAACCGCCCUUUGACUGCUUUAUAUUUGCUGAACUGGUUCUUUUAAAAGCUGAGAGAGCUCUGAAGGUAUCUGCAGUAAAAGAUGGAAAAGUAUUCUAUUCUGGUUGGCCUGCUAAUAGCCAGCAGCUUCUCCUUCAUUAAAGCAUACAGGGAUGGACUUCUGGAGAACAUUGAUUUUCCAGGGUCAGACAUAACCUUCCUUUACUCUCCUUCUGUUGAGCACUGUCAGAGGCUGUGCACAGAGCACCACUCAUGCCUCUUCUUCACUUUUAUUCGACCCGACUGGACCAGAGACAACAGGCACUUUUACUGGUACAAGUGUCACCUUAAAUUCAGCUGGAACAUCCCAAGGACUCCUAUCGUAGAAAAAAAGACUGGAGUCACAUCUGGAUUUGCCCUAAAAACUAAACAGACUCAAGAAUUCCCCACAACAUGUCAGCAACAGCUCUUUCCAAACACUGAUAUCCCAGGAAGCAACAUUGAGAAGCUGAAGUCUGUUUCUCCUGAACACUGUCAGGUCCUGUGUUCUGCUAACCCACAGUGCACCUACUUCUCUUUCAGCAGUGACGACUUUAGUUGUUAUUUAAAGAAUAAUCAAAGAGUCUUGACAGCUAAACCAAAAAAAGGAACCACAUCAGGAAUACCUGCACGCUUCUGUCAGCUUGAUGAUAACUGGGUCAAGCAGCUUUACCAAGGUGUUGAUUUCCGGGGCUCUGACUUUGAAAAAGAGUUGAUGGAUGAUGCAGAGCUCUGUCAGAGGAAAUGUGAUGAAGACGCCACCUGUCAGUUCUUCACCUACGUGGAUCAAACCUUCUCUGACAGUGCAUAUUGGCGGCGCUGCUAUCUCAAGAGAGUCAUCACCAUGCCAGCGCCUCCUAGAGUCAACAAAUUACACAACGCUGUGUCUGGCUUCAACCUGAGGAAUUGCCAGGGAGUAUUUGUUUGAAAAAUACAAAAGGUUUGAAAAUAAACUUAUG